AUGGGUAUUACCUCUGGCCUCGACACUUAUUACCGGCUAUCCAUUCCCACGACUCCCCCCGAGCUGCCGAAUUCAGAUAUAUCAUCCUUCAACUUCAGGAAACUCCAAGAGCGGUCCCGGAACUCCGCCGUUCCAAUCUCCCCGCCCAUGUCCCAUUAUGACCCCGUAUCUAGGACAGGCGAUAUGCCCUCCGCAAACAGUCCCGAUGAGGCACAAGCCCGGAAAGACGUCGGCACCAACCAGAACGCUGGGCGGCAGCAGUUGCCCUCUUUGAGUAGCCUGUUUGGCCCAUCUACAACGCAACUUCGCCCACUACAUUCGCCGACGUUCUCGGACCGUCCAGGACUGUACACAACAUCAUCGUCGCCGCUUGAUCAUCCCCGAUGCCCAGCUGGCAGCUGGGAUAGACCUUACUCGGCAUCUUCCUCUUAUUUCCCUCCUCCGUCAUUGACCUCGCAGCCACGCAGUACACCGGAUCCCAGGCUUGAUGAACGGCCCCAUUUUCCGCCACCGUUACGGGCACUCCCAGGCCCUCUAUCACCCAUAGUCAGGGAGUCGGAGCCUCAAAGGCCUCACUCUCAGUCUGGUUUCAGCGCUGGGAACAAAUGGUCGCUGCGUCACGAAAUUGGCCAAGACUACGGGCUGGGAAACCGGGAGUACGCAUCGUACAGAUCAUCGCCCACUGAGCGACCCCAUAGCCAUCUUUCGAACGGGAUCCCGGGCCGUGAGGAAGGCUUGGGUUUACGUAGCGAGCAAUCGGCUGCACAACCACCCACACCAGCUAGCACCGGUGCCUCCGAGGUCAUCGUGGGCAAGGAUGGAUUGGGCCCCAAGAUUUGGACAGGAACACAUUUCUUGCCGAGAUUUGUCAGGGAGGAAAAGGUCGAUGGUGAAACGUAUUUCAUCUACGACGAUGGAACCCGUUGCAAAGAUAUCAUUGAUGGUGAGAAGGUCAACGCUCAUUGGGGGGUGACAAAAGCUGGGAAGCCGAGAAAGAGGCUGGCAAUCGCUUGCAUCACUUGCCGGGAGAAGAAGAUCAAGUGUGAUCCCGAUUACCCUAGAUGCGCGCAAUGCGAGAAGUUUGGGCGUACUUGCAAGUUCAAGAAUGCCCCGAGAGGUGGACACAAUACUUCGCCUUCGACUCCGCCCGCCGAAGUUGACGAUGCUCGUCGCUUGCCCAGCCUAAUUCGACCACCACCGCACGAGUAUGUAAGGACGAGCGCGCACUCGAGUGAAUCUGUUUCACCACGCACCACUCUUCGCCCAGCAAGUCCCGAGAUGGCCUCAUCCGUGCCGUCAAAACGGCUUCGCAUAGGUUACGACCACUAUGCUCCCGCAGGGGGACACCGGCCGCCUAUGGCACCGGAGAUGGACCACAUGAUGCGCUCCAACUUGUCCUGGCACCGUCAGCCUGAACUUCCCCGCGUCCACGAGGAUGCAGUGUGCCGUGCAUGGCAAAUAGACCCGUAUGUCUCCGAUCCUGAGUCCGUGAUCAGCACCAUAACUUCUUUUUUCGUCUCCACCGAUGCCACGACCUUCCGAUUCCUCCCCGAGAAGGCGUUCAAAACCUGGGUACAGAACAAUGCUCACCAUAGAAACAAGUCCCCAGAAAAUCUGAUGCUCGUCUAUAGCAUCCUCGCUCUUGGCUCCCUCCUGUCGACCGCUGGGUCCAGCGGGCUCGACCCUAGGAAGGAGCAAAUCAACCACUAUGCUCAGGUAGCUCGUUACGCUACAGAGCACGCAACAAUGUCACUACAGCUUGUGCAGGCAAGAAUCCUCCUUUCCCUCUACUACAUGGCUGUUUCGAGGCCUAUCGAUGCCAACGAAAUGUCCAGUAGCGCUGUUUCGGCAGCGACCUAUUUGCAGCUGAAUCUGGAGUUGGAUCAGUCGCCUGACGUAGGACUCAAAUCCUUCCCGGCUACUGGCAACGCUGGCCCCGAUGGCACGAGUAUGCCACCACCCUUUACCAGCUUCGCUGUUCUCGAGGCUUUGGAUGUGCUUUCCGCGGAGGGACACAUCAAAGAUCUUCCGGGGCUGAUUGACGGUCUUGCCAUUGCACGAAGUGUCUUGGAGAUUCUGGAUACGGUAUGGGAAGAUGCAAGGGCACACAAGACAAUUUUGGAUCACCGACUGGACAGGUUGGUAGCUCUCAGGGAGAGAACUGAGGGUCUGGACGAUGCUCUUGUCGUACCGCUUGUCGGAAGAGGACGAAGGAAUAUGUCAGAGUAUGAGUUUGAGCUUGGCGGGAUUCGGGUUUACGUGGCAAAUCCAGACGACGGCCUUGACCAGCCCUAUGGAAAUGAAAGAGACGGAAAACAGGCUGUAGCUACAGGUUCGGAAGGUAUACUAAGCUGGCAAAUGGGCGAAACUCUUGAGGCAAGAUUUCCCAGGGAUAUGGACUGCAUCUAUGCCGGACUACCAACGGCCCAUGCGCCGAGAACCAUGGCAGCUUGA